GGUUAGAGGUCAGUGUGGUUCGGCAAAAACGAAGUGUGACGGGACACAGUAAAACAACGCAGCGGAACUAGUUUGUCAUUAUGUCUCUUAAAGCGGGCUUUAGUAAAGGACCUUCAAGGCCGUCAUCGUCUACAAUGGGACCAGCCGAACCAGCAAAGUGUAUUGUCAAACUACAAACGAAGCAGUCACGGAAAUACAGCAUAAUGCAGUUUAACAGAGGAGAUAAUGUGGAUUUGUCCAAAUGGAAACAGGCCAAGAUGGAACGCGAGAACAACAUGAGGGAAUUCAAGAUGCUAAAUCCAGAUAUGCCGACCCAUGGAGCCGGCAGCGAGUUCGGACGUGAGGUGAGGGAAGAGGCAAGGCGGAAGAAGUACGGCGUUGUGGCCAAGAAAUACAAAGAAGAAAACCAACCAUGGAUCCUUAAACAACUGGGCAAUCCAGGCAAGAAGUUCAAGGGUAAAAAGGAAGGUUUGAUCAGUGAGAACUCCAACUACUACAUCUUUAAAAAGCAAGCCGACGGCACCUUUGAAGCCUCGCCGGUUGAUUCUUGGUACAGUUUCACGUCCGUUGCUAAACACAAGACGCUGACAGCUGAGGAGGCGGAGGAGGAAUUCGGAAGGAGAGAUCGCACCUUUAAUUUCUUCACCCUGAUGGUAGAGAAGAGAAUGAAGGAAAGCGCCGGGGAGGAACUGAGCAAGGAGGAUGAGGAAGAGUUGAAGGCCAAGACCAAGACAAGAAAGAAGAAGGUUGAUCUGAGGAUUACAGAAGAUGACGAUUAUCAAGAUCUGAUGACGUCGGAGGAGAGUGAUGCAUACAAUAGUGAUGAUGAUGAACCAGCUGCCAAAUCAAAAUCAAAGAAAAAGGGAGCGAAGAAGAGAAAAAGCAAGAAAAAGAAGCAAGAUUCCGAUGAUGAAGGGGAAGAGGAAAGUGAUGAGGGAGAUUUUGAAGGCAAGGAACUAGACUACAUCUCGGAGGACUCAAGUGAUGAGGAGGAGGAGCAAAAGAAGAUUGACAUCAUGGGUCUUGAUGAAGAGUUACACAAGAUUGAAGAGGAGGAGGAGGAGGAAGAGGAGGAGGACAAAGAGAAAGAAGAGGAGAAAAAAGACGAGAUGAACCGAGGAAAAACCGAGGAGAAAGUCAAAAAGGAAGGGGAGAGCAGCUCCAGUAGUUCAGACUCUGAUGACAGCGACAUCGACGAUAACAAAAUUCACUCAGCUAUGUUAAUGCAGCAGAAGAAACCGUCCAAGAGGCCAGCCACUCCACCUAGCCAGAAAACGCCCUCAAAGACAUCUAGUCGGAGUGCGAGCAGACCGGAGACGCCAACACAGAACGCAAAUACGAACAGCACAGCGACGUCAAGUACACUUUCUGAUGCGGCGAAUAAACUGCAAGACAGAGUAUCAUUAAAGAGGCCAGGUACUGAUGAAGCUCACUCUUCAAAGCGACAUAAAACAGAAGAGAGUGCAUCAGCGUCAAGGAUAGCGGGGAAGGAGACGGUUGGGUUGACCGAGGAUGUCAUAAGACGAUACCUCAUGCGAAAACCCAUGACAACCAAAGACCUCCUCUACAAACUCAAAUCCAAGAAGAUCGGACUCAAGUCAGACGUGCUUGUCAAACAGUUCACUGAAAUCAUAAGGAAGUUGAACCCUCAGCAGACAAAGAUUAAAGGAAAGACGUACUGGUUCAUCAAACAAUGAGAUUACAAUAUUUUCCGCAUUUUUACAUUCUGUUCAAUGACCUGGGUUCUAACCCAACCCUUGGGUCGAUUUCACAAAGAUUGUCCUUAGGAUUAGUCCUAGGACUCUUCCUAAAGUUUAGGAGUUAAUAAACCCCACCAAUCACAAAUUGGUUAUCAAUAAAAUGAUUGCCAAAAAUAUGCACACUGCUUACUUAAAUGAGUUAGGGUUCGAAUCUCACUUUUGUUAAUCACAAACUGGUUAAUCAAAGGGAAGGGUUUUCCCCUUAUCAUUAUUCACACUUAAACUGCUCACCAUUUAUUAUUUUGGGUUCGAUUUCCACCAUGGGAAAUCACAAAAAGGUAUUAAUCAACAAAAUUGAUUGCCAAAUAUCCAUCCCUCUCUUGGUAGUUACAAAGUGGUUAUUCAAGAAGUGAUUGCAUUCCCCACAGCUACACUGCUUAUCUUUUAUUAUUUGGGGUUCGAAUCCCACUCUGUGUAAUCACAAACUGGCUCUUGAAGCUGGUAAUCUCCCUGGCGUUUUCAUAGUUAUUAAUUGUUUCAGUCUACCUUGGGCGAUGUUUUAGAUCAUUGCACCUGCCAUGCUCUCAUAGCAGCAGUUUUCUUCUUUGUGUGUGUGGCCUUGGUUCGAAUCCCCCAAAAUGG